UAAUAACCGAAAUGAAAAAAUUAAGCGGUAAUAUCACCUUGACGUUGCGGAGCUCUGAUUGUUGUCCGAGAUGGCAAAUCAAAGUUCCAAAUUUGUGUCCGGCUAUCACUUGCGCUUCGACUCGUGCAGUUCACGUUUUUUCAUUGGUGGCUCAUCGAUGUGUCUUUCCACGGCCCUCGAAAACCUAUUAUCGCAUGUCUGAUUAAUACCUAGCGGAUCAGAACCUGUUGACAAGGGGAUCUACAUAUAAUGGCGUCAUUCUGCAGUUUUUCUUCAUUACAAUCAUGCCCCAGCAAAAGGUCCUUGUUCUACAGUCCAGGCAAGCGCGAUUUACGGUCGGAACACGGCCGAUCCCGACUGCUGGCAGAGGUCAGCUCCUCGUCAAGGUCCUCGCCGCUGGAUUGAAUCCGGUUGACUGGAAGAUACAGACCUACGGCGCAUUUGUGGACAACUAUCCAGCUGUUCUUGGUACCGAUAUCGCUGGAGAGGUCGUAGACAUUGGCGAAGAUGUUACUGGAUGGUCGAAGGGCGACAGGGUUGUUUAUCAAGGAUCGUACUUCGAAAGCGACGGAGCUGGGUUCCAGCAAUACUCUCUGAUCGCCGCAGACUUCGUCGCCAAAAUUCCAGAGAAGAUGUCCACUGAUGAAGCGGCAACUAUAUGUGUGGCUUUUGCGGCGGCGUGUAUGGGGCUUUUUGCUGAGGCGCCGAUCGGUCUUGGGCUCAAUCCUGAUUUUUCGUGGGAACCCAAGUUCACGGGGAAAACUACCGUUAUCAUUGGUGGCAGCACAUCUGUUGGACAGUAUGCCAUCCAAUUGCUCAAAUUCGUCGGGUUUUCUAGGAUCAUAACGUAUGCUUCUGCACGCCAUUUCGACUAUUUGGCUACCCUCGGUAUAACGGACAUCAUCGAUCGAGGAACGACACCUCUGAGCCAACUUCCACUGGCUGUGAAGAAAUUGACUUCCGAUCCGUUACUGGUGGUCUUUGAUGCACUCGGCUUUCCAGAUGCUCAGCAAGCUGGAUACGAUAUAUUGGCAGAAGGAGGUCAGGUUAUGACCAUUAACAACGACCAAAGACCCCAGAAAUCAGAAAAUGAUGGGAGGUUAUUCAGGGAAGUUCUGGGCACGGUUCAUCUACCUGCACAGUCUGACUUUGGAAAACGAAUGUUCCGAAGUUUGGGUAAAUUCAUGGAUGAGGGAGUUAUCAAGCCGAAUCGCUUAGAGGUUUUACCUCAUGGUCUCUCGGGUGUUGUAGCUGGAUUGGACAGGCUGAAGAAUAAUCAGGUUAGUGCUGUAAAGCUGGUCGCACAUCCCCAGGAUACAGAGUGAAUGGGGAAAGGAAUAUAGAGUUAGAGAUAUGUGUUUAUAAUAUGGGGAUAUGUAUCAACGUAGGGUUUACGAACACCAGGGCGGUGGCGGAUGAGAGACUU